UUAUUUUUGGAACAGACGUGUAUAAUAAAUUUUGACACUUCUACCGCUAGUGGGGGUGUGUGUCAUUCAGAUGUUUCUACAGGGUUGCAAGUGAUCUUUUUUGAAUGAGAACAAUUCAAAAAAGUAACACAUAUCACAAGUGCAUAUAUAGUUUUUUGGUACAAACAAUUCUUAUGGCUCGUUUGUGAUUGUAGUUUCAUUCAGUUUCUCUUCAACACAGCUAGUAUAUAUGCCAUGGAGGGGAGCAAUUUAGCUUCUGACCUAGUUAUUGCAGAACUCAUAGGUAUGGGAUUUCAGAUUUCAGAGGUGACAGAAGCCAUCAAAGAAGUGGGUCCAUCAUUAAACAAUGCAAUCGAGUUCAUUUUGAAUGCUUGCAAUAAAAAUCAUGAUGGCAAAUCAGACGGUUCUAGGUGCUCCAGUGGCAGCAAGAAAGCUACGAGAAAAAGAGACUUAUCUGCCACCGGGAAAAAGUCAGUUGGGCGUAUGCGGCAGUUGAGCAUCAUGGAUCAUCUGCAAUCUGCAGGAAGACCCAAGAUUAGCAAGACAUCUCUUGAAUCUGAUGUAUCAGUCUCAAGAGCAAAGGUCUUGCCUACGAAUGGAGAGGGGUAUGAAUCCAUUUCGCCCAUUUGUUCUCACCAGGGUAUCGUUCCUGGAUUAUCAGUAAAUUCAUCAUACUCUUUGGAAGAAGACGUUGGAUCAGAUUGGGAACUUAGAGCUGAUACGUUGUUGCAGCAGCAUUUCGGUUAUCCAUCCUUAAAGGGAUUUCAAAAGGAAGCCUUGGCAGCUUGGAUAGCCCACAAAGACUGCCUUGUUCUUGCUGCAACAGGAUCAGGGAAGUCUUUAUGUUUUCAAAUUCCAGCACUAUUAACGGGGAAGGUUGUGGUGGUGAUUUCACCCUUGAUAAGCUUGAUGCAUGAUCAAUGCUUGAAGCUAGCAAAGCAUGGUGUGUCAGCCUGUUUUCUUGGAUCUGGACAGAUUGAUCAUAGUGUUGAGCAGAAGGCAAUGAGAGGGAUGUAUGAAAUCAUCUAUGUAUGCCCUGAGACGAUCUUGAGAUUGAUGAAACCACUUCAAAGCCUCGCGGAAGGUCGUGGAAUUGCUUUAUUUGCAAUUGAUGAAGUUCACUGUGUCUCUAAGUGGGGUCAUGAUUUUCGGCCUGAUUACAGGCGAUUGUCUGCACUGAGAGAGAACUUCAAUUCCAAAAAAUUGGCAUUCUUGAAGUUUGAUAUACCGAUAAUGGCAUUGACUGCUACUGCCACCACUGAAGUUCGGGAAGAUAUUCUGAAGUCAUUGCAAAUGUCAGAGGAUCCAACGAUUGUUCUGACCUCUUUCUUUCGGCCGAAUCUUCGGUUUUCAGUCAAGCACAGUAGCACAUCGUCAUCCUCAUAUGAGAGGGACUUCUGUGAGUUGGUUGAAGUAUAUACCAGAAACCAAAAGUACAGUAAAAAGAAUAGCUUAAUGUCAACUGCUCUAGUUGAUUCUUGUGAUAAUGCAAGCCACACUUCAGUUGGCACAUCCAGCCAAGAUGAAAUUUACAAGAGCUGGUUGGACUGUACAGAGGAAAGGACUUCUUUUGGAAGUGAUGAUGAUUUAACUUCGCCAAGUGAAAGCUGUGACCUUUCUUUAAAGAGAAAAGAACUAUCGGUUGAAUAUCUCGAAGAUGAAUGCGACAUAUUUCUGGAUGUUAAUGACUUUGAUGUUACCUAUGGAGAAUUUGAUGGACUAUCAUCCACGAAGGAUUGGGAUGUUUGUGCCUCCUCUUGUAUAGCUAGUGGUGCAGAAGGGAAGAUAGAACUUGAGCAAGGGUCAACAAUCGUAUAUGUCCCAACCAGGAAAGAAACAUUAAGCAUAGCAAAAUAUCUCUGUAGAUGCGGCGUAAAAGCUGCUGCUUAUCAUGCAAAGCUGCCAAAAUCACAACUGAGGCAGGUGCACAGGGAAUUUCAUGAAAAUGCUGUACAGGUCGUCGUUGCAACGAUUGCUUUUGGUAUGGGUAUCGACAAAUUAAAUGUACGGAGGAUCAUUCACUAUGGUUGGCCGCAGAGUUUGGAAGCAUAUUACCAAGAAGCAGGUAGAGCUGGAAGGGAUGGAAAAUUGGCCGAUUGCGUUCUUUAUGCAAAUUUAUCAAGAAUGCCGUCACUUCUUCCAAACAAAAGAAAUGAAGAACAAACUCGACAUGCAUAUAAGAUGUUAUCUGAUUGCUUCAGAUACGCUAUUCGUACUUCUAGAUGUCGAGCCCAAAUGCUAGUACAAUAUUUUGGGGAGGAUUUUGGAUACGACAGUUGUCAUUCGUGUGAUGUUUGUGUUAAGGGACUCCCCGACAAGCAAAAUUUGAAUGGUGAAGCUCGAAUUCUUAUGCAGAUCAUUGCUGCUCAUUAUGAAAAAAGAUGUCAUGUGGAAGGCUCUUACAAUGCUGAUAGCUGUGAUCUUAAUAGAGGGCAAAUAUGCUUGGAGAAGCCAGAUGUCAAGAUGUUUGUUAGUAGAAUUCGGGAACAGAAUCAACAACUUGCUACGACUGAUCUCUUAUGGUGGCGAGGUUUGGUUCGUAUUCUUGAAGACAAAGGGUUUCUUAUAGAGGGAGAUGAGAGGAUUCAUGUUCAGAUAAAAUUUCCUGUACCAACCAAACUUGGGUUUGAAUUUUUGAGGACCAAAUUGGAGGAAGCAUUUUAUGUUUGCCCAGAAGCAGAUAUGUUACUCUCGGAAACUAGGCCCAAGUCUUAUUCAUCUUUUGCAGAAUGGGGAAAAGGCUGGGCUGAUCCUGAGAUUCGGAAGCAGCGGUUAGCAAGAAAUCGAUCAUGGAGACAGCCACGCCAAAGAAAGAAACGGAAGCGUCAGGCAGAUAUCAGAACAGUUAGAGGCAGGCUAGCUGCAAAGCUUUCAAAAUGAACAAUGAAAUUAUCAAUAAUAUUAUUUCUGUUCUGUGUCAUUUUCCCUUGGGUCUUUCAUGUCCAAAUGAAAUGUAACCUUUUGCUGUUGA